UACCCCGGCUCCACGAUGUCACCGGCGCCCGGUGUGUUGGCGCCGCUUGUGCUGCAGGGGGCGCUGCGAAGGCGCCACGGUGUCGCAACAACGUCAUUGCGACAGGCCGUAACUCGGGCCGCCAUGGGGAAGUUCGGCCUCCAGCUUAAAGCGACGUUGGAACAUAUCAGCAAGUUACGGCCGGACGGGGAGGAUUUCCGUUGGUUCCUGAAGUUGAAAUGUCAGAAUUGUGGUGAAAUUUCCGACAAAUGGCAGUAUAUCACGUUAAUGCACAGCGUCCCACUCAAAGGUGGAAGAGGAAGUGCCAAUAUGAUACAAAAGUGCAAGUUGUGCUCCAGAGAGAACUCCAUUGAUAUUCUGAAGGACACUCUCAAGCCAUACAAUGCUGAAGACAGUGAAAAAUUUAAAACUAUCGUACAUUUUGAAUGUCGCGGGUUGGAGCCAGUUGACUUUCAACCACAGGCUGGAUUUGCUGCAGAAGGAGCAGAGUCUGGAACAAAAUUUGAUGAAAUUAAUCUACUGGAAAAGGACUGGAAUGAAUAUGACGAGAAAAUUCGAGAGUCAGUGGGAAUCUACGAAGUCACGCAUAAGUUUGUUAAAAUAUGAACACUCCAAAUGAUGUCACCCUUCUGCUUAAAUGGACAAACUCCCAGCCUCAGCAAAACAUCCUAAUUUUACUACGUGUUCUUAAGGUCUUGGCUCCUGUCAAAGUACACAGCUGAAAUUAGAGGGUUUAUCUUGGAAACUUUCUAGUUUUAAAAAUGGCAGCCAAUUUGGGUGGAAGAUACUUUGUUACAUUGAAUUUUGACAAUAACAGUAAAAAAUUGGUACCCAUUUUGUUUGUCAUAAUUCACCAAAGAAAACUUUCGUAUCUCUGAAUGUGGUCGCUAACAAAACUUCUAGGAUUUACAAUAUUGGGAGCCUCAAAUAAUUAAGUGACUUGCAGCUACCAUCAUAACAAAAUAAUUAUUUAAAUUAAAUACCAUACAUACCAAUGGGAAUAUUAAAUUAAUUUAUUUUUAGUUUCAUUUUAAAACAGCAACUAUUAAAAUAUCUCUUUAUAUUUUGACUAUAUGCAUUCAUCUCUGCCAAUAACACACUGAAUUUUGAUAAGCGCUUGGCUAAUGUCUUCUUAUUGAUCCAAAUACAAAAUAAUCACAAUAUUAAGCAGCUGGAAAUAGCAUAAUUCAGAGUAACAAUUAAAUUUUAGUGAAU